UAGCUACUGCCUGGUCUGUACACCUGCCUAUUUACUCAGUUGGGUUUUCUGUGACAUUUCCAGUCAUCCCCUACCAGAAUACAGAUGUAACAGAGUUUUCUGAAGAAAAAAAAUCAGUGUGUAGUUAUUCAGGCAAAACAAGUGGGUCAGCUUGUGAAAAGUGCAGAUUGGAAAAGAUUGAGUCACUUAACAGGCAACUGUAUAAGUUGGUGAAAAAACAUGGUCAUGUUGAAGUUACUGGAAAGGAGAUUCUAGCCUGGUUUAUGCUACUUGCUGAUGAAGACAGAAGACUCAUCAAAGAAUAUGGUCAUAUAUCUGAAUAUAUUAAGAAAAAUACAUCUCUAUUACUAGUAAAUAAUUGGGUGCGGCUGAAAAGUGAAAGUACUGAGAUACUUGAGAGGUCAAGCGAAAUUUAUUGCUCCUCUAUGGAAAAUUCACGACGACUUAAAGAUAAUUAUAAUCCAAGCUACUCCCUGGAUUACUGUGACAGGAUGCUACAAAGCUCUAGACCUGCAGAUAUGAACCCACAGAGUGAUACCUUUUGGUUAGAAGGUGAUAAUGAUUCCAAGAAAGAAGACUUAGAUCCUGGGAAUAAAAGUUUGAGCGCUUGUAAUGUUAUAUCAUUACAAGUUGAAAAAAAGGGCACUGCAAAAGUUGGAGAACCUGCAAAAUCAUUUGACAGUGAGAACAUUAAGCACUCUCUAACUCCUGUUCUUCCCUUGGAUUUACAAAAUCAUCAGGAGACUGCUCAGGACUUUGCAUAUUUUAGAUCACGCUUUCCAAGUUUAACAAAAGAAUCAUUUGCAAAAAAGCAGUAUGUUAAUGAUAGCAAAGAAGUAAACAUAGAGUCUUCUGAAUGUGAUUUUUCUUGCCACAUGAAACUAAAAAUGGGCAAUAAUUGUAUGCAUCACAAAUUUGCACUUUUCAAGGAUUAUGAAAACUUUCAAGAAUCUGAUAUAGUGGCACCGGAUGAAAGGAGCAGUCCAAUGCCAUGGUGUAAAUACUUCUCAGAUGUUGCUGAUAAUCCUGUAGACCCGGAUUGUACUUCUGUUGAUGUACUUGAGGAUGAAACCUUCUUCUCUGUUAAAAGCGGCAGCUUUUACAGUAGGUCCAGUUCACCACUUACCCUGGAUGACAGUACAGAUGUAGAGCAGUGUGACUUUGAGGAGGCGCUUGAAGACAUCUCCAGUUUCUCUUUGUACAAACAAUCUCCUAAUUCACAGAUUGUUCCCUAUGCUGAUGUUCAGUCUCCAGUGUGGGACUCAUUUUUGGAUAUUAAGAAUACGAAAUGCACAGCCAAUGAACAAAAAGGUUUUGUAGAGAAGAAAACUAUAUAUAGUAAAUCCAAACAGAGAAAUGUGUUAUGUAAUACAGAUCUUUCAUUGGUGUCAGUGUCUUAUAAUGACAAAGAAACUCAGACCAAAACAAGAAGCACGCAAGAUACGGGAGUAAAUACAGAUCCAUUUGGACUGUUUUCACAGAUUCAGGCUACAACACCUGGGGUAGGAAUUACCAAUGAUGUGCAAGAAUCCAAAGGAGGUUGCUCAUCUCUUUCUCCUGAAGCACUUCUACAGAGAGCCGUGAAGGCUGAACUUCAGCUUGUUGAUGUACAACGCUGGCUGUGUUGGCAAAUGUGCUGGAAAACUCAGCAACAGACUCUAGAGAAGCAAUACUACUUUAACUUAAAUAAAGACCCUUCUAAGCAGUCAGAACCUUUGAAGAGUUUCAGUCUCUCAUCUGCUCUUGCUGAAGUGGAAGAAAAGUAUCAGGAAAUGAGGACUAAAAUUCAGUCUGGUACUCCACUUGAUACACUGGUUCCACUCAGUAUGCAACUCACUACAGUUGAUACUUCUACAGACUACCUGCUGAAGGAUGCUUGUCAGCCUAGUGAAAGACAGAAUGUCCCUGAUGUUCCAGCCAAGGACUUGAAGGGAACGGAUUGUAGGAAAAAUGAUCUUGAAGCUUCAUUCAAGUUUUGUCUGGAUAAAUACGAGCAAAAACCAAAUGAAGAGCAUCCUACAGAGAAUUUAUCAGAACCUAGUCGUUACUAUGUCCAUGUGGGAAAUGUAGCUUCUUGUGUUAAAGAGGCAGAACUGAUGGAUGUCUUCCAAAAAUACCAUGUGUUAAGUGUUUUUCUCGAGGAAUCUUCUCUGUCAUGCAGUUAUGCAGUACUGAUUUUCUGCAAAUCAGAUGAAGCAGGUGCUGCCAUUAAAGAAAUGGAUGGAAAAAUGUUGCAUGGAAAAAAAUUAAAAGUUCGUGCCAUCAAGACUUCCAGUCAUAAUCUUCCACUAGCUUUUCAAAAAAUAAAGUCUGUCUAUGGAGAUAUCACUCAAGAUGAAAAAGGUAGAUUUCAUACUGUUGAGCCAAAAGAAAGUUUUGUGACAGAGCCACCAAAGAAUGUCUUCACCCUGUCUAGCCAAGUCCAGCAUGGCCCCACGCUUGCUGCAUCAGUUGGUGGAAAUCUAAAAAAUUAUUCUGUAAAUAUGCCAAGCAAUAAAUUCUGUCCUCCCGUUAAUACAAACCAAGGAUUUCCAGUUGCCCCAUACUGCAGUGUAUCUGGCUUCUCUAACUUCAUGGCUCCGGGUUAUCAGUGGAUGUGUCAGUCACAGCAUUCAAACAUGCUACCAUACAGCAGCAUGCCAAAUCUAAUGUAUGUUCCGUUUUCUUAUCCUUUAUAUAAAUUGCCUACCCAUCCUCCUUUUCAGUCUUCUGUGACAAAUUCUAAUAAUUGUAUACCCAGUAAUAACAUGAAAUCUAAUGUAAAUACUCAGCUUUUUAAAGAAGAUAGUAAUUCUGUACGUGGAAAGCAUACUAAAUCUACGCAUAGCACAGACAGACAGAGAAACUUUGGGAUUUUGCGAUCCACUGUGCAAAAGCAAUUCACAUCUUUAACAGACAAAACUAAAGUAUUGGAAAGAGACACUGGUACAAAGUUGAUGGAAAAUAAGCCUGCCCCAGAUAAAUCUGUCAAUGAACAAACCUCUUUUACCACCACCAGCAAUGGAAAACUUCACUGUUCAGCAACUUCAUCUCCAGACAGUUCUCUUAAAAUGUCUGUAUCCGUUACAACAGCAGGUAUACAUGGGGCAGGAAUGACUGACACUGGCUGCUUGUCAUCUGCUUAUACACCAGAAAAUAUCUCUGACCCUUCAAACCUCAGAUCUACAGCUCCUUUAAGAUUUCCAAUAUGUGUCCCGCCUAGUGUCACAAUACCUGAAGCCAGUAGGCCAUCUUUAAAUCUCAAUUCCAGCACAGGAGUUUUGACACCAUCUCCACAACAGGCUGAUGUAAGCUCUAGUGUCAUACUACAGCAAGGAGAUUCUCUUUCAGCUGGAAACCUGUCGUUACUGAUGAAGCAGCCUUCUACAACCAGUAGCCAAUAUGGGUCUCAGGUUCCCUGUAAACCGCAGGACUGGGGUGUGUACCCGAAACUUGACCCGUCUUCUGAGCUUCCGGUUGUCAUUAUUCCUAACCAGUUAAAUUUUUCCCAGUUCAAAAGAGUUGUGAAGUAUCUGAUGGAGCAUCAUAAAGAUGCUACUAGAGAACAGAUCGUUGGGACAUUAGACGAAAUUAGAAGAAACAGAGGAGGAACCUUUGGUGGUUGGACUAUUCCAGAAAUUAUAUUUGCAGUAUCUUCUAAAUUAGUUGGAGAUACUCCACCAACAUAAAAAGUUACUAGGUUUCCUUAUGGCCUUCCACAUACCUUUUGCUGCUGAAGUUGAAGGGAUGAAAAGCUGAAAGAUAAACUAGAGAUGACUGCAGUGUCUCAGAAAAGCACCCUUGUUUGUUUUGUUAAAAAGGCAUUUGUGCAUUUUUAUUUUUUUGCUACAAUUUUUGUUUUGUUUUGCAGCAAAAGAGGGAACUAAGUAAAUAUAUUGCCUGGUCUGCUGUUUGUGUGGAAGAGGCCAAUAAUAACUCAUAGUGUUCAUGCCCACUGCUCUGUAGGCUUUUUACUCCAAUGGAAAUCCCUAGACUUUAGGUAAUAUGCAAUACAUUCACCCUUAUCUCAGUAGUUUUUUUUUCUUUAGCAGUCAAUGCACUUUGUGCUUGGCAAACAAUGCACUGUAUCAGGUCAAAAUAUUAUUGUGUAAUGAAACAGUAAGUAUAGAAAGAAAUACUAGACUUUAAUUUUUAUUUUAUUUUUUAUUAGUAACACUUGACAAAAGCGGAAAAUGUAUCUUUUGUCCAAAGUGGAAACACUCCUGCUUUUAGUCUUUCCUACAAGGUCCUUCUCAUUAUGCAGUCCCUGGUUCUAAUCUAAUGUCUCAAAAUAUGUGUAGGGAAUGACUAUUAUGUGUCCAGAGACGGUGGAUUAUACUAUACAGAUUCUGGAUUAGUCAUGGCAGCUGGGGCAUGUGGCUGUAUCAAAAGCCGCCUGUUGGGGACACCUAUGAUUUUUUUUUCUGAGUCAGUGGUGCUUCAAGUCAAGGCAAAACAGGGCAGUACAAUGGCAUACACAAACUUCUGUACAAGAGAGAAGCUAAUAAGAGCAUUUCUCACUCUUGAGGACCCAGCAUGUCUGUGGAUGUGGAGGUUUUUCUUUUUUCUUCAAAUUAUAGAUGUUAGUAUUUUAGAUGUUAAAGGAAAACUGACAGCUGGUUCACCUGCACUAAACCCAAUACAUAGGGUUACAGUGAAGGGAAACCUGAGUAAAAUGAUGUGUUACUCACUCUGAUCAUUGUCUUGUUGUAGACUUAGCAUCUCUGUUGGAGAUGGAACCGGCUCUGAGUUUUCCUUACUGUCCCCUCUGCUGUCAUCUGCACGCCCAUCUCUGAAUAUGCUUAUCCUCUUCAGAGUGGUCCCUUGUGCAUAGGCUCUCAUGUUGUUAUAAAAGGAGUAGUAUAGUGAAAAUAAUCUUCAUCCUGUUGUGCCCAGGCUGCAAAAAAAUAUAUAUAUAUAACUCGCCUUCCUCCGUUCCCUAUAUAGCUCUUCGGUCCUCCAGUCUCCUUCCUUCUUCCGUGUGCACUGAUCGUCACACUGCAGUCAGCAUAUUGCUGGCCCCAGUUAUGUCCCGCCUCAGCCGGUGAUAGGCUGAGGGUAG